UGUGAAAAUCUUAUGCUUUGAUAGCGUGUGUGGGUAUGAUAGGUGCACUUAGAAAGGCUGCAUCUGUCUGCAGACCCGUAUCCUUGAAUGUCAAGGAUGCGAAAGCCUUCGAAAAUGCGCCACCGCGUCGUGUUGGUGAUGGGGGGCGGGAUGGGAGCCUUCCAUCGCAGGCAAGUCAUGCUCACGCAACCGUCCGUAGGCAUUGCGAUUAUCGUUUUGCGUGAAGGACGGUGGAGAUGUAAAAAGCUGGUAACGCUCGAGUUCACACCGGCGAGGUUCGCUGCGUGAUCUUACGUGCAGUGCGAAAUAACAUUUUCUUUUUGAUGAUUCGGCUUGAGCAGUCACUGCUCAUACAAGCACAGGAGCCCUCAUAAUCACUCGAAUGCCCAACUCGUUUAUCGUAAAUGGCAAGCCUCCACUACCAAGAGCACCAGGGCCACUACGGCGAGGCUGGGGGCGGGUGCCUGCCCGCGAAAAAUGAUGAGGCGACAACGGAUACGAACUCCAAGCCCACGACAGCUUCGCAGGCAUCAUCAACCACACUAGCCGGAGAACAAUGCCCUCCUUCUCGCAGGCCAUCGUCGCAAAUCUCAAUAACCCAGAGCCGGAGUCUCUACACCUCACUCAUGGAUUGCUGCUGCUUCCCUUUCCGCUUUGCGCCCACCCGUCGUCGAUCGAUUUCCGACAGCGAUUCACUCAGCGAGCUCGAGAAGGAUGUUGAAUACCCGGAUCUGAUGAACAAUGAAGGCUCUACGUUGCAGACAGACCUUUGGAGAUUGACAGUACGAGAUAAACUUGCUGAUUCUUAUACAAGCACGGAAGCAUUUCGCGAUGUGCUUAUUUUGAAUCUUGAUUUUGACAGUUGUCUCGCUAGUCUCAGCCAGCAGUACUUGCUCGAAGGAUUCAGCAAGCAUGUUCCGAGAGUGCGGACGGUGCUCGAAUCUAUCAAACCUUUCAUCGCUGCGAUUACGACAAUGGUCCAGUCUUCUAUGAUUGCUGGACUAGUCUGGGGAUCGAUGCAGCUUAUUCUUGCGAAUGCUGUAAAACUCUCAGACUCGUUUGAUAGCGCAAGCAAGAUGCUUCAAGAUCUAGCAAAACUGCUCCCAAGAUUCCAGGCUUAUACUCAAGUAUUGCACACGCCACGCUUGCACGCAGCACUUCGAGAAGUCUACAGUACCUUUAUAGACUUUGCUUUCGCUCUAGUGCGAUUUUUGUUGUCGCAUAGGUGCUAUACAAUGGUCAAGAUACAAUGGUCCACUGUGACUCGGCAAUACAAUGCGACAAAAGACCAACUCGCAAUAUCAUGUUCCGAUUUCGAGGCAGAAGCAAGUCUAGCUAACGUGCAGGUACAAGGGGAGAGACACCGUGAGGUUGUAGAAAGAUUGUCAAGAUCAAGAUCAGGGGAUGGCGGACUUGAAUCUACCGUCCCUGCCCCAAGGAAUGUUGUCUUCACUGGAAGGGAUACGAUUCUCGAACGCAUACAUGAAAUGCUGACACUGGAUUCCGGAGAAACCAAUGCCAUGGGAAGAAGUCGUCAAUCCGUGCUGAUCCAUAAUAUUGGAGGUAUGGGCAAGACCGAGGUGGCCUUAGAAUAUACGUAUCGGUACAGUAGGGCGUACACCCACAUCUUCUGGUUGCACGCUGAGACUGCGACUACUUUAUUGAGCUCUUUCCUAAAAGCGGUCGCCAAGUUGGACCUUUUAACUGAAACAGCAGCCAGUGAUCUGAAAGUACAGGUCGGUCUUGAGUGGCUGCGUAGUACCACCAAGACAUGGCUACUGGUUUUCGAUAACGCCAUAGAAUGGACCGCCAUACGUAAGUUCUGGCCGGCCGGUGACCGUGGCUCUAUUCUCGUCACUUCGCAAAACCCAGCCCUAGAUCGCAUCACCAGUCACGCGAUCGAACUACCCCCAAUGAACCCCGAGGAAGGCUGCACGCUUCUGCAAAGAUAUCUAAACCGCGGCCGCUCAGAGCAAAAGGAAGGCGAGGCCUUAUCGACGAAGCUCGGUGGAAUGCCUCUAGCGAUAUCACACUUUGCCGGAUAUGUCGCGAACUCUCAAUGCUCGAUCAAAUAUAUCACAGAGGUCCUGUGCAGUCGCUUCGAAUCGAGUGCGAUAUGGAAAUCGACGACAUCGAUAUCUACCAGCCCGUAUAGCCAUACACUGGCGACAGUAUGGGAUAUGGCAUUCGUGCGCUUGACAUCAGAAGCGCGGAAGCUGAUACGCAUCAUGGCUUUUCUUGAUCCUGAUGGAGUACCCGAGGAUAUAUUCAUUCCGGUGGAGCCGCAAUCGGAUGGCCAUUCUACUUGGACUCCCGCAAGCUUCAACGAAUCGGUCCGCAUCCUUCGCGAGCGCCACUUAAUCAAUCGAGACUCUCUAGAGACACACAGCGUCCUACGUACACACCGAGCCUUACAACAAAGCAUCCUCGGCCGUCUUGACACCGAUGAAACUCUUCGCGAGGAGACCUUCGAGGAAGCAGUAUCCUUGAUCCGAGCCGUGCUCCCCGAGCACGAUGUCCGCAAACGAGGUGAUCCAUCCCAAUGGCCAAAAUUCCGAAAAUACAUCUCGCAGGUCGUCGCCAUGAACCAAGCCUUUUCCGAAUCAGGCACUAAACAGCACGGGACUCUCGAAUUCGCGACAGUGCUUCGCGACGCUGGAUCGUAUCUCCUGAACAACGGCUAUCAAAGCGAUGGUAUCCCCAUACUAGAGACUGGACGAACAAUCUGUAUAAACUUGAUCAAAGAGGAGAAUGCGCCUGCAUCUGUGACGCUAGAAGACAUUACAUCGUUCCUUCAAGUUUACAAUCAUUUCCUUGGGAUCAAAGGGCGCAAGAGAUCAUUGGCAUUGACAACAGAGAAUCUCGAGCGUCGCCACCAAGCUACUACUAAGAUAGAUCAUAGCAGCUGGUCAGACCUGGAUCACAUACGAUUAAGCCGUGCUCUCCUUGACAAAGGCUGCGCGUCCGCGCAAAUGAACUUGACUGAUGCUGCCGAGGAGAACAUGGAAGCCGCCAUUUCGACAGGAGAGGCAGUGGGAGGAGAAGCCAGUAUUCCGUCUCGGUAUGGCAUGAUAUAUGGAUGUAGGAUGUGGGUGUUGGGUCCACGGAAAGCUGAAGAUCUUAUCGAGUCGAGCUCGAAACGUGCGUUGGAGUUACUUAACUCUUCAGUCGGCGAGACGAAUCCGCUUACACUGCUCACACGGUAUAACGUUGGCGUGGCAGAGUUUGCACUCGGGCAUACCGAAAGUGCACUGAAAGCGUUCCAAGAUGUCACAAAUACCCGCGUGAAGCAGCUGGGAGAAGGCCAUCACGAUGUUCUCGCUGGUCGGUACAUGAUGGCUGUCUGUUACCAAAAUGUGGGCAAGCUAGAGGACGCAGAAAACGAAUUAAGAAGAACCCUGGAUAACAACUUACAAUCAGUCCAGUGGCGAAACGAAGAUCUAGCGCGCAGUCAAUACCGUCUGGGACUGGUCCUUGCUUCUAUGAACCGACCUUCAGAAGCGCAGAGGAUGCUUGAAGAAGCACGAGAGCUGCAAAAGACGUGGUACGACGAUCUUCCCGAGAAAUUCAAGGAGUCGGAUGUCGGCCAAGAUGUUGCUAUGGAAGGCUUUGAUUUUGGUGUUACGCUCUGGCAUGGGAGAACAACGGGCAUCUUCAGCAAUGGAACAUACUGGUGA